ACGACACACCAAGCUCUACUCAACCACAAACAACGCACGCGAUAGGGAUCGUUUCCCGUCUUCCGUACAGCAGAGUCAUACAUACAGCGUUGCGUCUAGUACUUCAACCCGGUUUAACUUUCACUUUUGAUUUAGAUUUGUUUGUCUCUGUUCUCACUAGACGGCACUUCGACAGGUCAUGGCUACCAUAUACAUUACCCACCCGAUAAAGAAGAUGGACAGUGGCCUGGAGGAGAAAGGCAGUGAAUUCGAGGAGGCAAAGAAAGAGCUGGAGCUAUGCAAGACUAAAGCAGACAAAGCUGCUGAUGUGAAAGCCAGGCUGUUGUUGGAAAAACUGGAAGAAGAUGAAGCCAAGGUGAAAGCCCAGGAGGAGAUGUUGGCUUGUGUUAAAAAGCAAGAGGAGCGUCAGAAGGAAUUCUAUCAAAGCAUGAACGCAGUUAAGGAUGAAAUCCUGAAGCUUGAUAAACGCAGACAUGAUCUGCUGGACAGACUGAAGAGAUGUCAAACUCAACUGGAGGCUAAGAGGGCCCAGUCCACUAAACUAAAGCAGAAAUUCAAGAUCUACGCCCAGAUUCCAGACACAGAUGUGAAGUUCCGGGCUCAGUGGAAAGAGGGCAGGGAUGACGACAGUCAGCCAAUCAGAGGAGUGUUUGCCAUCAGCCAGAGACCCACUGUGUUUCUGCAGGGAGGACAGGCACUUAUCACCUUCGAAGAAGAGAAAGUGGCCUCUCAGAUCCUAAAGAUCGCCAAGUGCUCUGUGUCCUGUGACCACAUUAGUUUGGAUGUGCAACCGAAAAGAAUAACCAUGGAUCCUGCUGUGAAAUUUGAGGUCAACCUUGAUGUUUCCAGAAAGGAGCUCAAGGUUUCCAACGUCCCCCCUUCCAUGCCAGAGGAGAGAAUGAAGGACCGACUGGGGAUGAGUUUCUGCAGGCCCAGCAGAGGAGGAGGAGAGGUGGAGAGCGUGGAGUACGAUAAGAACACUGGGACAGGACAGAUCACCUUUCUCCACCCUGGAGUUGCUGAGAGCCUGGCCCUGAAAGCGAGGUACCGAGUGGAUCUGGACUCUGAAGUGAAUGUGCAGGUUGGACCCAUUUACCAAUACCAGCUGCACAAGUUUCAGACCUUCUGUGGCUCUCCCAAGCGGACCAUCCUCCUGGAUGACAUCGAGGACACGGAGGAUGAGGACGACCUGCAGGACCACCUGGAGAUUCACUUCCAGAAGCCCAGCAACUAUGGUGGUGAGAUCGAGAGCAUCAAAUACAUCUUCAGGGAGAAGGCUCUGCAGGCCUUUUUCUGUGAGGACUUACUGUAACCUCCCACAGCUGCAGCAUCUAAGGACAUGUCUGUCUCCUAUGAUUAAUAAAAUACAAAAUAAUAUUUGUAAUAUGAUUUUAUAUAAAUAUAUUAUGGACAUUUCACUUAAUUGUUGUCCUGCUAAGAAUUAGAUGAGAAGAUUUAGUGAUUUCAUCUCUGUGCGUUCAGUAGAGGGUAAGCAUUUGAUUGACGUUUUCGUAACUAAUGGUGAGGGGUGAUUGGGUGGUGUUGCUUACACAGUUGUUUUCGUAAACAGGAUUUUUCCUCCUUUCUUGAAUAAAAGUGGAAGAGUAACUGUACUACAUUAACAUGUUAUGUGUUAACAUGUUAAAAAUCCUGUUAGCACGUUAUUUGACCAUGUCUGCCGUCAAUGGAUGUAUUUCUACUGCUGUUGUGUGACAUGCCUCACAAAGGAGAUAGAGGCGCAUAUUAUUAUUAAAAACUUCCCCGUAUAAACGUCAACACUGAAAACAGUGUUUCUGAAAAUCUUCACCCUGGCCGGACUUUUACAAAAGGUCCGUUUUCAGUGACCUAAAACGCUGUUUGGGUGUGCACAAGUGGUCUAGUGUCAAAACAAAAGCCAUCUGCAAGGCACUAAACACUGAUUCUCCACACAGUCGGAGGGUCCUGACACAUAUAUGCAGAGAACUGUUUAUAUGUGUUUCUCAACACCUGGAAAUUUAUGUCACAGACUCGUUGUACGUUAAAGCAGGUUGGACAGCCUCCCAAUCACUGGAAUCACAUGUUUAGUUCAGAAAAUUCUGUGUUUGGUUUAAUGUUGCACAUUACCUUAGAAAGUUGUUGAUUCGCUUUCCUUCAGUGUGGCCUCAUAUUCCAUAUUUUACAUAUUUAAAUUUGAUGUUCAGUCUGUCCAUUAUAUUUAGUUUUAGUUUACUUAUUUAGUGUACUGUUGUACUUAAUCUUGGUGCACUGUCCCUUUCCAUGUUGUAAGACUAAUAAAGGAUUAUCUCUCUCUCUUUAAA